CACACAUGUCGCCAACAAGGCGCAAUUGUAACUCCACUACAAAUCUUCAUUUUGAUACAUGAUUUCAAUCGUCUCCCAUUGCUAAUAUUAUAGUUCAUUAUCAAGUAAAUUUAGCAACCGUUACGAUGACGCCCCCAGCAGUAAAUGGUCUCAGCUCGGAGAACAAGGAAGAUCACCAUACGGAUCACGGACUCUCGAAUCUCUCGCUGUCUUCCAAGACUAUCCACGCAGAUGACUACUUGAACCAGGGCUCUGAUGUUGCUCCACCAAUGCAUGUCUCAACCACCUUCCGAUAUGACCGAAAUCCAGAUAAGUUGAAGUCGUGGGCAGAGCGUCAGCCUGGAGAGAUGUUCGAGGGCCAUAUCUACUCUCGAUAUACCACUCCAAACACCACUCGUUUUGAAGCCAUUCUUUCAGACAUCCUCAAAGGACCAACGCUGACAUACGGUUCUGGUCUGAGCGCCUUCCACGCCCUAUUGGUCUUCCUCAACCCCAAGCAAAUCUCCAUUGGAGAUGGCUACCAUGGCUGCCACGGCGUCAUUGAUAUCCAUCAGAAGCUCACGGGGCUUAAAAAGAUUGCUCUAGACUGCCCGGCUGAAGAUCUCCAACCUGGUGAUAUCGUGCAUGUUGAGACGCCGCUGAAUCCAACUGGUACGGCGUACAACUUGAAGGAGUUUGCCGAGAAGGCUCAUGCAAGGGGCGCCUUCCUUACAGUCGACGCUACUUUCGGGCCGCCACCUCUGCAAGAUCCCUUUCUUUGGGGGGCAGAUAUCGUUAUGCAUAGCGGAACCAAGUAUGUUGGUGGUCACUCUGAUAUGCUGUGUGGUAUUCUGGCGGUGAACCCAAAGCGAGAGGGCUGGUUUGAGAAAUUGUUUGCUGAGAGGCAGUUCAUCGGUAACGUAAUGGGUAAUAUGGAGGGUUGGCUGGGUAUCCGAAGUGUGCGCACUUUGGAGGUUCGGGUUGAGAGACAGGCUGCCAAUACUGCGAAGUUGGUCGCUUGGUUGGAUGAUGCGCUACAUCCUGAGAGGGAUGGUGAAUCGAAGGACGGCGAGAUCAUCAGGAAGGUCGUGGCUAAGAUCGAACAUGCUAGCUUACAAGCUGAGGAUAUCAAAGAUGGGUGGUUGACGAAGCAGAUGCCCAAUGGAUAUGGGCCAGUCUUCUCUAUUUACUUCAAGGAGAUGAACCUCGCUCGCCACUUACCGAGCAAGCUGAAAUUGUUCCAUCACGCUACUAGUUUGGGUGGUGUUGAAAGCUUGAUUGAGUGGCGUUCAAUGACAGAUUCCAAGGUCGAUACGACACUUUUGAGAGUUAGUAUUGGACUUGAAGGAUGGGAGGAUCUGAGAGAUGAUUUACUGCAAGGCUUUAAGUCUCUUGCUGAAGAGUAUAAGUGAGCAGAAGAAGAAUUCUCCAUUGUAUCCUUAGACUUUUUAUACAACGAGAUAGAAAAGCACGCUAGCAUAGAUAUACCACUACCUGAUUGACAACC